AAGUAUUAAAGAACACAACUACAUGAUAAGACAAAUCAGCAAUGGUUCUACUGACGAGAAGAGACGCUAUUAACGCCAGGAUUACGAGCAAAAAUAAAAUCCUGGCAGUAUUGUUAACGGGAGUCGUGUUCCUGAUAGUACCAAUACUGAUCAUCAUACUAGACCCCAUACAUCUUAUCAUCAAAUAUAAACUUCGGCUAACCAAAGACUCGAUCUUAUACGAGCUGCUGCAGCAAGAGAUGCAGGCAGGUCGCCUGUCGGUCUACGUGUUCAACAUCACAAACAGCGAGCGGUUCCUCAGUGGCGAGGACUAUAAGCUGAAGGUGGAAGAAGUCGGACCUUUUGUGUUUCAAGAAUAUCGCUGGUAUGAGGAUCUAGAGCCAAGCGAGGAUGGCACCCGCAUGGCAAUGACAGCGAAGGUCAGGACGGAGUUCAUCCCAGAAGAGUCUCUAGCACACCCGAAAGAUGUCAUCCUCAGGCUGCCUAACUUGCCACUUCUUAGUUCAGCGUCACUUUUGUCCAACUACCCUAGCUUUAUCCGCAGCGCCUUCAACUUAAUGAUAACCCAUUUAGGAGCCAAACCCUUCCUGAACUUGGAUGUCCACAACUUUUUGUGGGGUUAUAACAAUCCUAUUAUCAAGAUCCUCAACGGUCUGGCUCCUGGAGUCGUGUAUUUUGAUAGUUUUGGUCUUCUUGAUAGGCUAUAUGACAAUACAUCAGAUUAUAGAAUAGAAGUGGGUGCUACCGACAAGGAUAGGUUCGAGAUCAAGUGGGUGAAGAAAUAUAGACAUCUCAAGAUGGGAGGCAUCGAGGAUGUUGAAGAAAGUAUACAAACAUUCAACAACACCUACGAAGCAGAAGGCUACCCACCGAAUUUGACCCCCGAAGUUCCCAUCAACUUCUACCGACUAGGCAUCUGUAGGACCUUCGCCCUGCAGUACAUAGGCAGCAGGAUCAUGGACUAUGGAGGAGAGGCUCUCAUAUACACCAUUAGCAAUGACACCUUCAUGGGAGAAGUUGAUCCCAUCACUCUGAAGCCCUACCCUUAUGGUGUCAUCGACAUUUCUAAGUGUUAUUAUGGUUUACCAUUCGUCUUGUCAAAAUCACACUUUAUAGACUCGGAUCCUAUAUUACGAGAACGCCUUGAAGGACUGAACCCUGACAGAGACGUGCAUAUCAACGAAGUAGCUAUAGACAGAAGAGUAAGUGUGACUUACAAAACGAAGCUAUCGCUCCAGGUCAGCAUGAUGGUAGAUGACGUGAGCUUCAACAAUAUGACCAAGAUGCUGUCCAACACUGUCAUACCCAUCGCUUAUGCUAGAGUGGAUCAACCAAAACUACCAGAAUGGAUGAUGAGCAAGCUAAUACUAGUGUACCAGAAAGCCCCCAUCGUGGUGAAGUGUAUAAUCGUAGUAAUGUUACUUAUAAGCAUAGCACUAAUAUUUCAUGCAGUACGCUUGGUAUACCUGAACAGGCUGACCAGAAGUAAAGUGAUAGUCUUCAAACAAACUGCUGGGAAGAUCUUAGAGAAAGCUGAAAGGCCUCUCAUGAGGAAUUGAUGGUCCAAAGUGAUAAUAUUUUUAGUGAUUAUGUUGUUUCUGUGUGCUGACGCUGGUGAAACCGUCAGCAAAAGCUAGUUAAUGAAUAAGGAGAGGAGGAUAUUUUCACUAAAUUAUUAAAUUAAACUUAGAAUCACAAGACAGGAUUUUUGAAGUGGAGUGCAUUGUGUAGAAACAUCGUAUUUUGAUCAAGAACUGAUAAAAGAUGACGUAAAAGAGGUCUGUGAACUUGUGAUGAAUAAUUUAAGGAUAAAGCUUUAAGUACACUUAA